GUCAUAGAUUGAUAGAGUGACUGAUUGCCGGCGUGCGUACAUUUUUUCAAGAAGUUGUUUUUAAAAAUCUAUAAUAAAUAAUGGUGGAAAAUAACGAUAUCGAGCUCUCUGAAGCUGAGGCGGAACAAUAUGAUCGUCAAAUUCGCUUGUGGGGUUUAGAGUCUCAAAAGCGGUUACGUGCUUCAAAAGUGUUGAUUAUCGGUCUGACUGGUCUUGGCGCUGAAACCGCGAAGAAUAUUAUUUUGUCUGGAGUAAAGAGUGUAUGUUUACUCGAUAAUGAAAAACUGAAAGAGAUCGAUUUGUAUUCCCAGUUCCUCACACCUCCUGAUAAAGUUGGCGAAAACAGAGCUGAAGCAUCUUUACAAAGAGCAAGGGCGUUGAACCCGAUGGUGGAAGUUACUGCGGAAACCAAAGCCGUCGAUGAUUUGCCAGACGAGUAUUUUACAACCUUCGACAUAGUGUGUGCUACUGGAUUGAAACAAGAGCAAUUAGAGCGCAUCAACAAUGUUUGCCGAGACAGCAACAAGAAAUUCCUGUGUGGUGACGUGUGGGGCAUGUUUGGGUAUAUGUUUGCGGAUCUUGUUGAUCACGAGUAUUCGGAAGAGAUAAUACAACACAAAGCCGCGAAACGGGGACCAGAUGAUAACGAGAAGAGUGCCAGGGAAACUGUCACUAUAACAGUAAAGCGUAGAGCCAUUUAUGUCCCCCUACAGAAUGCUUUGUCGGCUGACUGGUCAAAGCCAGAGUUACGUUCGAGAUUGCGUCGCGGAGACCCCUCAUACUUUGUCAUGAAAAUACUACUUCGUUUUCGAGAUGACUACAACCGUAAUCCUGACCCUGCUAAGAGGAAAGCUGAUACUGAAAUAUUGUUAAAGAUGCGUGAUGAGUUAGUUAAAGAAUUAUCACUGCCCGUUGGUUUUGUCAGUGAUGCUUUGUUAACCGAUGUGUUUGGCACAGUUUCGGGAGCAGCGGCAGUGGUUGGAGGCGUCAUUGGGCAAGAAGUAGUGAAAGCAGUAAGCCAGAGAGAACCACCUCACAACAACAUGUUCUUCUUUAAUCCUGUGAAAUGUGUUGGUUUCGUAGAACUUUAUGGUCAGUGAUUAAUCUGUUUUGGAUGUAAGUUUAGUUUGUGUAAGAAGAGUAAAAUAAAUUAUUUAAGUACAA